AUGGUGGCGGACUCCGUGGGCACCCCCCCCUCCGGCAGGAGCAACGGACCAUUCGGCGGUCCGCGCCGUAAGCUUCGAUGGCGGACGGAGAUGGGCAGCGCGGGAAGCGAAGGCAUGGCCACGGCAGAGUCAGGGGCUGAAACCCCUAACAUGGCCUGGGCCAGGCGAGUGACGCUCUUGGCAACCCUAUGUCUUAUUUCUUUAGACACUGUCAGCGCCAACAGUGCAGGCGUUGUGCAAGAGAUGAGUGCUGGAGGGUUGUACACUGGAUCAGAACCGAAGUUUGCACCUGAAGACAAUCCAGCAACUUCCCUUGCCAUCGACAGUUGCCACCCCAGUGCAACUAAGAUGGGCAUCAGCUGCAGCAGGGAGGGUUUCUUCAUCUCAGGGUUUCAGGGCACUGUCUAUUGGAAAACCGACGACAUGUUCGAACAAGAAAAGUAUCCUGUGCCAGAAGCGAAGGCCAUAUGCUGCAAUGCGUCGCUGCCCACAGCUGCGCAGCUUCCUCCUGCAGCCAAGGCCAUCUUGCCCCUGGAUGCCGUUCCAGAGGCCAUCAUCUCAGUUGGUUGCCACAGGUCGCGGAGCAUGGAAUGUGAAGAGGGAAGCGUGGGGGACCGAAGCCUUGUUGCUGCCUUCGUUGAUGCAGAUCACCCCGAAUAUAAGCCCAAUAAGUACUACCCAGUCAAUCCCCCUGUCUGCUGCACUCCAGUUUUGCUGAUGUCAAAUGGGCAGGCCUGGGAACUGUUUCGCUGUGACUGCAUCUCAAGCAUGGAAGACAUCCAGUGUGGCGAAAAGACAACGGACAGGUUUCUCCUGGGAUACCAUGGCUGGCAGAGCGAGGGCCAGAUUAUUCCCUUCGCCCCAACACGUUGCUGCAAGCUCUGCAUAGGAGCGGCACCUUACAACAUGUCGCAAUGCACCGACAUGAACCACUGCAGUGGCAAGGGUGUCUGCAUUGCAGGCACGUGCAUGUGCCGAUCAGGGUGGGCAGGUGCAGACUGCAGCGAAUCGAGUGGCCACAAUGCAGGCAGUGACCAGUGGUGGCAGUCGUUCUGGUGGCUGGGCGUCAUCGGGUUCAUGUGUGCAUUCACUGGCCUGUUUGCAACCUUCUGGAUGAUCCAGAGAGCAGAAUGGGCGGAUCGAUCACCCCACCGCCAUGACCAUGACGAGUCACUGCUGCAUUGGGUUGACAUGGAAGGCAGUGCGGGUGGGGAGGACAGCUCAUACACAUCAGCGUCGUCGGCAAGCCGCCGAUCUGUGACGACCAUCAGUGUGGCCUCCCUGGAGGUGGCAUCUGUGGAAGAUGCAGGACAACAGGCCGAUGAACAGGGGUUGCCUGAGCAUACUGUGCGCAGGCCAGGGCCACGGACGAACCAGGAGCAGGGAGAUCAGGAACCUGCAAGAGCCUCACAAGAGAUUGAGGUCGAGGAGGCCCCUGAACAGGAGGAUUUGCAGAAGACAGGGGAUGACCUCACAGAGGAGGAAGGUUUGAUGAAAACCUUGCCCUUCAAUAGCGAAAGUAGCCCGUUGAACACUGUGAUGUGCUCUGUGUGCAUGAUGAGACCUGUGCAGGUCGCCCUUGUCCCUUGUGGCCACAGCAAUUUAUGCAGGAGAUGCUCAAGAAAACUUCAGAGAUGUCCCUUCUGCAGGAAGGAGAUAGCUCGCAGGCAGAAGUUAUUUUUGAGCGGGUGA